AUGGGCAUUAUACAUGAAAUUUUUGAAGCUUUUGUGAGUGAUAUUACAUUUUCUAAUGUUAUUGCAACGAAAGAGAAGGGUAGAAUCGAGAGCGAGGUGAUUGAUGUUAUGUGUAACUUGCUUAGUGGAUGGCCCAGAGCAAAGGAGAUGGAGUAUGAGAGAAAAUCUUCUCUUAGAACAAAGAGUGACAAUAAUUUCGACAAGAUUGAGAUGAAACAUCAAGCACAAGAAUAUAAAAAGCAACAAGGAAAGGAUUUGGAGGAGUUUUUCAAGUCAUUUAUAGAUUCAUAUGCUGUCAGUCACAUACAUAUGAUAUUUCAUUCAAAAGUUUGA